CUCUGAGCCCUGUCCCGCCCCUUGCAGCGCUGCGGCUGCCCGAGACCCGGGGCUCGGGGGCACGGAGUCCCCGAGGCUAUGGCUGGCUCCCCCCCUGCCGAGGGGUGUUAUUCAUGCCACCCUGGGGAGCUGCUGCUGCUGUCCCGUGGGCCCGCCCUAGACAGCGGGGCAGCCCGUCAUUGCUCCCCUGGGUGGAAGUGGGGCUUGAAGCCAGUCUAGUUGGUAGGGACUGGUGGGGAGAGCCCGGGCAAGCCCCUGACCUGUGUGGGGAGCCCCACUGCCAGCCACUCCACCGGUGCACAGACACCACAGGCAUGACCCUGGUAUAAACUGCUAGAGGGACAGAACCAGUGACACGUGCCUGGCACCCAUGCCUGGCUACUGGGUGACUCCAGCUGCCAAACCCAUGGAGAAAGGGGAGCAGCAGUGAGGGCAGCAUCCCAACCUGGCCCCCAACGAUGGGGACAGCUUCCUCCCUGGUGAGCCCAGCGGGCACUGGCGGGGAGGUGAUUGAGGACACUUAUGGGGGAGGUGGUGGCGAAGCCUGUGAGAUCCCAGUAGAGGUGAAGCCCAAAGCUCGCCUGCUGCGCAGUUCUUUCCGCCGGGUGGGUGCUUCGCGGCCUGGAGGCCUCAUUGGGGCCAGCUUCAAAUCCACUGCCUCAGUACAGGAGUUGGAGUGCAUGGCGGAGUAUGAGCGCCUGAAAAAAGAAUAUGAGAUCUUCCGUGUCAGCAAGAACAACGAGGUGGCCUCUAUGGUCAAGAAAGAAGCCAAGCUGGACCUGGAGAACAAGAGACUCCGGGCAGAGCUCCAGGCUCUUCAGAAAACUUACCAGAAAAUACUUAGAGAGAAAGAAAGUGCUUUAGAAGCCAAAUAUCAAGCCAUGGAGAGAGCUGCUACAUUUGAACACGACCGAGACAAAGUCAAGAGACAAUUCAAGAUUUUCAGGGAAACUAAGGAAAAUGAGAUUCAGGAUUUACUGAGGGCCAAACGAGAGCUGGAAACAAAACUUCAGAGACUGCAAGCCCAAGGGAUCCAAGUCUUCGAUCCCGAAGAGUCUGAUUCAGAUGACAAUUGCACAGAAGUUACUGCUACUGGAGCCCAAUCUGAAUAUUGGACUGGUGGAGUGUUGGGAAGUGAGCCAUCUAUGGGUAGUAUGAUGCAACUUCAGCAGUCUUUCAGAGGGCCCGAGUUUGCUCAUAGUUCCAUAGAUGUGGAAGGACCAUUUGCGAACAUAAACAGAGAUGACUGGGAUGCUGCUAUUGCCAGUUUAUUGCAGGUCACUCCACUGUUUUCCCACUCUCUGUGGAGUAACACAGUAAGGUGCUAUCUCAUUAAUACAGAUGAGACUCAACCUGAAGUGGACAUCUUCAUUCGGAACUACUCACCAAAACUUCAAAGAAUAUGUGAAACAAUGGGGUACUUCUUUCAAGUUGUUCAUUUUCCAGUAGAAAAUGGAAAUCAUUUCCAGGCUGUGAGAAAAUGGGAAAUUGAGAAAAGUUCCUUAGUCAUUUUGUUCAUACAUUUAACUUUGCCAAGCUGUUUGCUGGAGGACUGUGAAGAAGCCUUAUUGAAAAAUCCUGAAGGAAAGCCCCGGCUGAUUUACCGCAGAAUAGAAGAUGGCAAAGUCAGCUCAGACCCUGUGCAGCAGUUAACUGAGCAAGUUUGUUAUGUGAACAAAGCAAAGCUCAUUGAUCACAUGGGAGGAGUGGAAGAAGGAGCGUAUGAAACUUAUAAUUGUGUGGAAAAGAUAAUUAAACAGGAUAUAUUGGGCUGUGAAAGCACAGAAGUAGAAGGCAAGGAUUUGGGUAAUAAAGAGGAGUCCACUGCGCCUGAAGAGGAAGUUUUUGGAGAUGUGCUGUGGGAUGCACAUGAUGAACAAGAACAGAUGGAAGCUUUCCAGCAGGCUUCUAACUCAACAUGUGAACUAGGAUUUGAGAAAUAUUAUGAACGUCUAAAUGAUCUAGUGGCAGCACCAGCACCCAUCCCACCUCUUCUUGUGUCUGGAGGACCAGGCUCUGGCAAAUCUCUUCUCCUGUCAAAAUGGAUUCAACUGCAACAGAAGCAUUCACCAAACACACUAAUUCUCUAUCACUUUGUUGGGAAGCCCUUGUCUGCCAGUUCAGAAUCUGCACUAAUAAUUAAACGGCUUACUUUAAAGCUCAUGCAGCAUUCUUGGUUAGUGUCACCUUUAACAUUGGAUCCAGCUAAGCUCUUGGAAGAGUUUCCUCGUUGGCUGGAAAAACUUACUGCUCGUCACCAAGGCAGCAUUAUCAUAAUUAUUGACUCUAUAGACCAAAUACAGCAAGCUGAAAAACAUAUGAAAUGGCUGAUAGAUCCACUGCCAGUGAAUGUAAGGGUGAUUGUAUCUGUGAACGUGGAAACAUGUCCGCAGGCUUGGAGGUUGUGGCCAACUCUUCAUCUUGAGCCAUUGAAUUCUAAAGAUGUGAAAUGUCUCAUUAGUGCAGAAUGUAGCUGUGCAGAUGUUAAAUUGACCAACGAACAGGAGAAGAAACUUGAGAAACAUUGUCGUUCUGCCACAACUUGCAAUGCUUUGUAUGUCACUCUUUUGGGCAAAAUGAUCGCUUGUGCUCGAAGUGCAGGAAAUAUUGAUGAAAUCCUUCAACAGUGUUUCCAAUGUCAAGAUACAGUAUCACUAUACAGACUUGUUCUGCGAUCAGUUCAGGAGUCCAUGCUGAACGAUAAAGACAAACACCUUAUGAGAGAGGUUCUCUGUCUCAUCAGUGUUAGCCACAAUGGAGUGAGUGAAUCAGAACUGAUGGAACUUUAUCCCGAACUAUCCUGUGCCAUGUUAGCCUCUCUAGUUCACAGUCUGCACAAGAUGUGUAUGCUGACAUAUGGCUGUGGUUUGCUAAAGUUUCAGCACCUCCAAGCUUGGGAAACGGUGCAACUAGAAUACAUGGAAGAAGGUCAAAAGAUUAUUUCUACUUACCGAGAAAAACUAAUAGACUACUUCACCAUGCAGCUAAGUCAAGGCAGAGUGACUUGGAGAAGUGCAGAUGAACUUCCUUGGCUUUUCCAACAACAAGGCAACAAGCAGAAGCUACACAAGUGUCUCCUGAACCUCUUUGUAUCUCAGAAUCUUUACAAAAGGGGGCAUUUUGCAGAAUUACUGAGUUACUGGCAGCUUGUUGGAAAAGAUAAGAGUUCAAUGGCAGCAGAGUAUUUUGACUCUCUAAAGCAAUAUGAGAAAAGCUGUGAGGGAGAGGAAAAUAUGAUCUGUCUGGCUGAUCUUUAUGAAACUCUGGGACGUUUCUUAAAAGAUCUAGGUCUUCUCAGCCAGGCAGUUGCUCCUCUGCAGCGUUCUCUGGAAAUUCGGGAGACUGCACUGGAUCCAGAUCACCCAAGGGUAGCACAGUCCCUCCAUCAGUUAGCAGGAGUUUAUGUGCAGUGGAAGAAGUUUGGAAAUGCUGAGCAGUUAUAUAAGCAGGCUCUGGAAAUCUCUGAAAAUGCUUAUGGGGCUGAACAUCCCAGGGUUGCUCGUGAACUGGAUGCACUUGCAACAUUAUACCAGAAACAGAACAAAUAUGAACAAGCUGAACAGCUGAGGAAAAAAUCCUUUAAAAUGCGACAAAAAGCAGCAAGGCGGAAAGGCAAUUUGUUUGGAUUUGCUCUUCUACGUCAACGAGCCUUGCAGCUGGAAGAGCUCACGUUAGGCAAAGACACACCAGAUAAUGCUCGAACCCUCAAUGAGCUUGGAGUUCUCUAUUAUCUGCAGAAUAAUCUUGAGACAGCUGAACUUUUUCUGAAGCGCUCCCUAGAAAUGAGGGAGAGGGUCCUGGGACCAGACCACUCAGACUGUGCACAGUCUUUGAACAACCUUGCAGCUCUGUACAAUGAAAAGAAACACUACGAUAAGGCUGAGGAACUGUAUGAAAGAGCUUUAGAAAUUAGGAGGAGAGCACUAGCCCCUGAUCAUCCCUCACUGGCUUACACUGUGAAACACCUUGCAGUACUCUACAAAAAGGUGGGAAAGCUUGACAAGGCAGUGCCUCUGUAUGAGUUGGCUGUUGAAAUUCGACAAAAAUCAUUUGGUCCAAAGCACCCUAGCGUAGCUACUGCCUUGGUAAACCUGGCUGUUCUUUAUUGUCAGAUGAAAAAGCACAUUGAAGCCUUACCUCUUUAUGAAUGUGCAUUAAAGAUUUAUGAAGACAGCUUUGGUCAUAUGCAUCCUCGUGUGGGAGAAACGCUAAAAAACUUAGCUGUGUUGAGCUAUGAAGGAGGAGAUUUCGAGAAGGCUGCUGAGCUGUACAAGAGAGCCAUGGAAAUCAAAGAAGCAGAGACUUCGUUGGUAGGAGGAAAAGCAGCUUCCCGACCCUCAUCAAGUGGAGACACUUUCAGUUUAAGAAGUACAUUAUCUCCAAAUGUUUUUCUAGACCAUGGACAAAGGUGAUGCAAACUGGCACAAAAACAAAUGCUAGUAAAGAAUGCUUGAUGGUUAAAGUGUUAAAAAAUAUAUCUGAGCAUUCUUCAGAGAUUAAAAAAAUGAAGAUGAAAUAUUUGUGACGAAUGGUAAUCUGAACAAAAAAUUUACAUUUUAAUUUAAAAUAUUUCUGUUCAUGUUAACUUUUUUGUGGACCAUGUGGUACAGAGUUACCUCUGUGUUACACACAGGCAUUUAGUGAAAGACUGCUGAGUGUGUUCUAUUAGUUAUUGUUCAGUCUGAAGCUGUCAUGCCAGAAAACAUCAGUUUUGUUUUUUCUCUAUACCUCUUUUUAGUAGAGGACCUGUGAGCUGCAGGGUAUAAUCAGCAAAAUAGUUACUAGUUUUUAUUCCACAUCAGUUCCUUCAGUGUCCACACUGUUAUGGUGUUUGUGGAAUUUUGUUACUAUACCUUUCUGUCUUUCAGGAGCACUUUGUUAUUCAGGGACACAGUAAUUUUGAGAACCAUGUAUUGUGUUUCCACCAAAAGAAGGAAAAUACCCCCAAACUCCACCUGCCCAUGUUUUGGCUUUAAGGAAACUGGGUUCUUAGUAAGACAUGCUUUUGAGUUUUUAGAUCAAGGUUGUUGACAGAGGGCUUGUCUAUGUGGUCAGUUUGUGCAGGGCAAGCCUGGGUGUAAAUCUGCAGCCCACCAGCCUUCACACUAACUGGCCAUUGGGACCCUGAUACCACACACACAAAUUUCUGUCGUGUGUUUUGAUUUAAACUCUGAAACAGAUUGAAGUGCACUACAGAACUUUUAGUGCCUCAGUGUGCAGCAUGCUAAUGCACUGUAGAUUUACACCCCCACUUGUCAUGUAUGAACUGAAGAUAUAGACAAGCUCUGACUGAUAUUUUUGUCCUCUCUAGCUAAAGCUUUUUAAUUGGUGUCAGUUAUAGCCACUUAUUUUUACUAGGAAUAUGCUUUUUCAGUGAGUAACCUGAGAGAAGCAUAUGAAUUAAUUGGGGACUGGUGCACACACCUCAGUUCUAGUAGAGAAAAACUGCUCAUUAAACUCCAGUAUACAAGCAUGCUUGUAUUAACCAGGAGAAAGAACUGAAUAGCAUCGGUGAAUAGCAGUAAACUGAUUUGUAUUAAAUGUACAAUGGAGUAUUUCUCCCAGUUAGUUACAAUGAUCAAUUAAGUCUGUUUGUUUACAAAUAAAUUCUUUAAAAGUGA